AUGAUAGGUGCUUCAGGUAUAUUUUUUCUCAUUUCUGACGUGUUUUCGUGACAUUCACCGUAUAUUCUGAUAGUAAAACUGCUUUUUUAAUUACAUAUUAACUACUUGAACUUUUUAUGCAAUUGACGCUAACGAAGUCUGGAUAAAGUUGCUUAUGCUAUAAACAUUCCCGAUCGAUAGUGGACGAGGCACCUCGUCCACUAUUUAUCGGGAAUGCUUUUCACACUUACAGUGUAAUUAUUGGAAAUCUUCACAACAUAUAGCACAGAACUUUAGACGUCUACACAAUGAUACCGCUGACUUCUGUGUGUACUUGGUUAACCUGGGUAACGGUCCCUACAUCGGAAAUCCAGGGCGCCUUUCGCUGUCUUGUUAAUUUGGAUGUCCGCCAGUACCGACAUUUUUUUUCGUUUGCCUAGAAAAUCCCUUUGAUUUUGCAUGUUUUGACUAUGCACCUUUGAAUACUUCAUUCCGUUGUCAAUAGCCCAUAUGUGGGCUAAUGUUGGGCUCCCAGCUAGUUCUCCAACUAGCGUCGUGGAGCACAGGCCACGAAAAGUUCGUCUUGAGAAGGCAAGUUCGUAAACUCUGGGCGACACCGAUUCACGUUGUCUGUCGCGCUACGUCCUUCAGUUUAUAUUACACUUGCGUGGGAGUUAUCGGGUUUACGCAUCUGGCGCAGUCGACUGAAUUGUUGAUAGGUGCUCUUAGAAAUUUGAUAACGACUUGCCUAAUUGAACUAGAGUUACCUAAUUCCUCCUUGAUUUAAGUUUUCCAAGAGGCUCGAACUGCAGUCGUUACGCCAGCUGCCACUACCACCACGUGACCCACACCCCAUGACCUUCAUUCUCCUUAUUUAUUUCUUCAUAGAUGUUUUGGCAGACUUUACAUAGUUCAUAUUUAUUUCUGCUUAACCUUAGGACUGUGUUUCCUAACUUAUAUAUACAUUUAUAUACACUCAAUAAGCUGGCUGGAACGAUCCCCCCAAACUCCCCAUGACCGUGAACAACAGUGGGACACAAGUCACCAAACGGAACCGGGGCAAGGUUUUUCACUCUAUUGAUGGCAACGGACCUGCGUCUCACUCCUCAUCAGCCGCCAAUUACAAUGCAGCCCCAUCGGCUUUAGUUCCGCAGCCGAACGCCUUCUCAUCUAACCUCAACUCCGAUGUGCCGACUACACCGCAGCCACUGUCAACUGUAGGUGGUUCCUGCUCUCAAAUGUACGCGCCUCGUUUGGGACAACCACCAAUUGCUGCUGUCAGUAGCACUGCACUUCCACCAGCAGGCCCCCUCCACUACGACGACGGUUCCACAUUCACAAUAACGCAGCUGACCACUCAAAUUAGCCGAGUCUUUCGCAAUCCCUCCUUGGACGUAAGUUUACUCUGUUUAGUUUGCCUCCCGCACUCAGAGUCCAAACCACCAUACGAAUGCUUUAGCAGUUUUUCAAUUUCGUUCCCUGAGCCAGUUUCGGCUCUCCCCCUAGCGGGGGUCAGCGGAUGCUGUCUGUCUUUCGCUCUUUUAUGCUAGGCAAUUGGCUCAUUUAUUCCUGUUCCCACCACCUUCGCUAUUCGUAAACUUGCUCGCUUAAGGAUACCGAAUUGUAAGCGGUGGCUGUUACAGCAUCUGCAACCUGACACACGCAGUCCGUCAAUUGACACGGACAACCGAGUCAUUCUAAGAUGACAUACUAAGUGCGCAGGCGGUAGUACACUUAUUUUAGGGUCAAAGGGAAAGUUGAUUUCGUCAUCGGGUCAAUGCUCUGCCCAUAUGGCUCUAGUAUUUCUCGAUUUCAGCGGCAUCUCCCAAGACCAUCAGCUCACUUUUAAAUUUUGAGAGUGCAAAGCCACUGUUUGAACUCGUCCUAAAUCUAUAGAAACGGAUAUCGAAAUUAUGACAUUACAACUCAUCUGUCAGCAAAACUACCGUUUGCCACCCGUUUCGCAAUGUUUGUGUGAUCGGCUAUUAAUUUCGCUGACCUGAUAAAGGACUUUACAGAAAUUUCAGAGCCGUUUGUCUUUUUGCUUAUUUUAUGCGCUAGGCUUUGAUUUUCACUUCCUAACGAUAGAGGACUCAUUCGGUCAUCAUAAUUCCCUCUUAUUUACGUGAAAGAUAAACCUUUGUAAUUUUUAACGCUGUCAGUUUAUUUACGAGGAAGACAACAGAGUGACCGUAACCCGUGAGGGUUCCAGAAAACACUCACAUUUCUAUCAUAUGCAUAUAGACUGCACCACAACGAACAGACGUCCUGACGAUUUUGUCGAGAAAUGCAGGCGAAAAGCCAGGAGAGAAAAAUCCGAGGGAGCAACCGAAACCUUUGUUCUGACGUGCCGUGCUUUGUGUUGUCAUUGUGUCUAAGGAAUUCGCCAAAUUAAUAAGCGAACUUGGGAUUGAAGUCUCUCACGGACCGGAGACGACAAUCCGCCGACAGCUCAUGCAUCCUGAGAACCCAUUACCUACCAGUCAGAAAUCUGGUGUAAACUGGCAGAUAGAAUGCAACUGUGACCAAGUCGUAUAUGUUGCUGAAACCGGCAAACAGGUCCGCACCAGACUGCAUGAAUAUGAGCGUGCUGCGGGACGGGAAGAUAAACUGUCCUCGGUGAUUGCCCACUCGUCCUUGUCAGGAGGAAACUUUAAUUUCGAAUGCGUGAGAAUCAGAGGCCAGACGAAUGGCUGGGUUUCGCGUCUACUGCAGACUGCGCGACAUAACGAUUUGCCAGGUGCCCCCACCUGUGCUACGUAAACGAAUCACUGGCACGGAUAAAGGUUGCGCCUGGCCGACGUGAGCUGUACAGCUACUUUAUUUUUUGAUGAUGGGCUCACGUGCGAAUCCAAAACGUUGCAACAAUAAACAGAGAUCGCCUCCCCUUCAUAUUCAAUUAAAUUGCCUUGUCCUCACUUGUUUUCUACGAUUCGGAAUAUCAUAUAAUACAUAAAGUCUUCUACUGAUUUCAAUUAGCUGUAUUCCCAAAGCAAGACGUCCGUUGAAUCACUAGUGGCACCUUCUCUAUCUGCUGCUAUCGGAUGGACGUCUGCAGUUACAGACUGUUGGUUAAAGCAUCUUUACUAAGUGCUGCUGGCCUCCUAUUGGUUUUAGGCAUGUGAAGGUAAUGUGCAACACCACCAAAAACCGUUUUCGUGUGACGGGGUAUACCAUUGCGUGUAGCGAACUAUCGUUCUAAAUACUAGUUAGCCACCAUUAUUACCGCAGGCUAUUCAAAAUAGGGAAUCCACAUAACCGCGAAAACUUGUGUCGCCAAAACGGGAUUGAACUCAGGAUCCGCUGGAUUUUGCACUGGGCUGCUCCGCCCUUAAACUGUGGGCACUGCACUGCUACCUGACAUCCCCUUAUCUCUGAUUCGCAUUUCAUACUUGAUAUAGCAUAGAGUGAACCACUUUUCCCCGGAGAUCGGAAGUUCAACCUCCUAGACGCUGCAAAUGUGUAGUUGCAACGGGCAACUUGAUCUACUCCAUAAUUUUGUUUUCAAGUUGGAACAGCUGUUGUCACGACGCAUUUGCUAGUAACGCCGCUUCAGUAGCAUCGUUCAUGCUACAGGGACUGAUACCCGCCACCAAAUGAGAACGCAACGGCAAGGGGUAAUAGUGUACAUCUACUUUGCUGAAUAAAUGCGACAAAGUGGGGGGAUGAGAUACUCCGGUUCCUCUCCCUUAUCCCCAACGGCUUUUAUCGAGGAAAUAAAAACCCCCAUAUUAUGCUUAGACGUUCCCGUUCUGCCUAUCAGCUUGGGAAGCCAAUUUUAAGCCCAGACAAAUCGAUAAGGGAUAGUCUACGUAAAUCGAGGUUCAUCAUGGGCUCGACGAAGCUUUCACGUCGACUGUUCGAAGGUUUCUAGGGACUUCGACUAAUCAAAACGUAGGGCAGAGCGUUCUCUUGUUCGAAUUCAAUGCCUCCGAACGAGAUCCCGUGAUUUUUCUUAACGUAAGGAGAGCAGGUUAAGCAAACCAAAUUAAAAAUGCGUAGAACAGAGACGUCAAGUUAUUAACGACCUUAAUUCCUCUCUUAGUUUCUCUAGUAAUCGGCGGCCACUUUCCAAGAGCGCUGUAAACGGACGAAGCUUUGUAGAAUUAUCCAAACGUGAAGGACCUUUUCAUGUUGGACCGCCCGCUAGCUACCAUUUGGUCGGGGGGGGGCUGUGACAACCCCGAAAUCCAUUUAUUUAUUAUCUUUGACAACUUGCCUUUCAUCUAGGAAGUACCAAUGAACCUCUCGAUUGACGCCUAAUUUUUUUUAUUUUUGACCGUACUAUAGUUCAUUACUCUUUAUUGGACCUCAUGAAUCAAGUAACAAACCAUUCGUUGAAAUGACUGAGGAUUUCCUUCAACAUUUGUCUAUGAUCAUUAGGUGUUUGCGUUUACCGUGUUCUUACAUUCUUUGGAUGACCGUUGCUCUUCAGUCAUCAUGCCAUCGUUGAUAAAAACCGGAUACGUCAAGCGUCCGAGAUCGGAACCACCCUGGACCCCAUAUCUUAACCGACACGAGUAGAAUUUACCGAUAUUAUUCAUACGGACUGGAGACAGCAUGUAAUGAAGAUUGUCCCCAAUUCUGAUUUAUAGGAGCUCAACGACACUUCUCUAUGGCGCACUGUUGGAACCUUUCAGAGGCAAUAUAAAGCAGAUGUGCAAACUCACGAGAUAUCAACCGAAAUUCUGAAAUGCGUUUUCGACUCAAAACAUUACUACAGUAGGGUUGUAAUAUUAAUUGCUGUGCAUCAUAAUCCCGAGACAUUUCAGUUACUUUGGGAUGCCGGCUUUUAAACGAACCUCUUUCCGACGGCUUGCAAAAACUACACUCUAAACAAUGGCUACUUAAGUAGUACGAAUUCUUCUAAUUGAUUUUCGGUACCCCCACAAAUUCAAAUAUAUUUCAGAGAAAAAAAUGUAUAAAAGCAUUCACUCUUUUUCAUUUGGCAGAAAAUUGCACGUUCUGCAAAUUUUAUACUUUAAGGGGGGGGGUAUAAUUCGGUUUUAAAAAAACUUUUCCGAUCCCCGAAUAAUUCUGAAUCCUACACUUGCGUUCUGGGUUUACAAAUUACGAGCUAUAUAUUUUUCGUGUACGGAAAAUAUUACGUUCCUAAACGCUAUUAAGAACAGACCGUAUGGGGUUAUUAAAGUUUGCAGUGGAUAUGAGACAUGUUGUAAACUUUACAUGCAACAUUAGGUUCAGAGACACGAUGUCUUAUGAACGGGCAUUUCACGGUCUCGAGAAAUCUCAUAAUUAGACUCUUUAAAACCGAAUUCAAGUAUAAAAUUUGGAGAAGACGUAAUUUUCCGCCAAAUGAGUAAUUGAAUGAAUAUUUUAUGCAUGUUUUCCAGGAAAUAUACUCGAAUCUAUGGGGGCAUCGAAAAUCCAGAAGAGGAAUUUAUACUAAUGUAGUCAUUUUUUCCAGCGUGAUUUUUACAAGCGGUCGGAAAGAAGUUCGUUCAGAAGUCGGCAUCCAAAGGUAACUGAAAUGUUCUGGGAUUAAACUGUGCGGUGAUAAAUAUCACAACCUUACCUAAGUAAUCUUUUCGAGUUGAAAAUGCAUUUCAGAAUUUCGGUUAACAUUUCAUGAGUCAGCACAUCCAUUGUACGUGACCGACACGAACUUCUCUAGUCGGCCCUUCUUCUAAAAGCUGAAUUGAUCGGAUAAAGAUGAUCUGUUUUCAGAAGUCUUGAGGAGCUCCAUGCGAUUAAUUUAUUUUGUUCACCUCUAUUCGUUAUCUACCACUACUUCUUCAUGAAAUUCAACCUCCAUAUUGCAUAGAUUCCUGGAAGAGAUGCAAUCCUAUCAUCCCUGACCUCCCUUCAGACGGAACUGGCUAGUGGACGACUUUCAGCCUCUGUGCAAGUACUUCUCCGAAACUUAUUUUCAUGUAAGUUCUCCCCCCCCCCCCUCCUUAUAACCUAGACCGGAAAAUCCGUUCGUUUGGUGUGACCAAGUCGGUAAGAGUCUUUGCGGAUUGUCGUCUAGACAGGAGGUUUCAGGUUAGGUUCUUUAACAACACCAGUACGUCCAUCGACUUUAGCCAAACCGGCUAUGCCGGCCAUACAAUCAACCCAGUGGCUUAAAUCAUAAAACGCCCUAUAAUUUUUUCCGAAAGCGACUGAUGAUACACAUCCUGCACUCCUCCAGUUUUUUUUCUGUGCAGGCCGACCCGGGCAAGAAGUAAAAAUCAGGUUACUUAGAUACGAUCUGGAAAGCGGUAUUGUGACGCCUGUACGCAUAAGUGGACCAACCGGGCAGCCUCCCCGCAGCAACCUUUUCAGCGGCUACCACAUCACAUGUUAGGCGAGAUGUUCAGUCUCAGCUUCUAAGAUAGUAUGCAAAGACGGUAUCAAAGCACCUUAGUCAAUACCGCUAACCGGAAUUCCUCAGUGCCUCUGGUCAUUUUGUGCCUGGUCCCCAUGUGUGUCGGCAGUAAGCGCAUCGUUUCGCUGUUGUUGUUUUUGCGACCGCCUCCGGAUAAGGAAGAAAACAAACACCAGUGCGUUGUGUGUGCACUUUUUUCUCCUUGGAUACCUGCACGUUUGCUAUCUAAUAUACUUCCGGCCGCGCACAUUUAUUUGAUUGCGAAAAAAGUGGUCGACGAAAUGGACCAUGAUGUGUGCUUACUUCGUUGUCCUCUGAUCUGCGCCUCGACUUUUUCUUACUAUCAUGAGUAGUUUACCGACGUCCCUCUGCUUGCAUAUAAAAGUUGCUUAUACAUAUCCCCGCACAAGAGGUCACUCCACGAUGACCCCACACGGCAUCUCCCCUCCGCUGUGCCCGUCCGAGCAACUGUGUUAGUGUUCGCUUGUUGGUCGCGUGUUUAAAGUGGCUGUUCCGGUCGUGCGGCUUUCUGUCUGAGGUCGUCCGAGCAAUCGAGGCCUCUGCAGGCACCCGUAAAUGAAUGCCCUCCGCCAGUCUUGUUUUCUGCGCUUUCUGGACCGCCUAGAGUACCUUUUGCUGUGCGGACCAGGGGGUAUGGAGUAGAGCGCCAAGGUGCGGGCUCGACCCUGCGCCCUCCCCCGCCUCCGGUCUUCUUGACGCCGGCUCCAGGUGAGGAGUGGGGAGGACAGAGUGUGGUAGAUGCCGUGCAAGUCUACUAUCAGCUGUGGUGACAUACGCACAGGAUGAGACCGUAUAAACUGUGACGGCCGUUCGAGUAUGCGGUUGUUGUAUAUAACCAGGUUUUGUUCUUUUCCCCUCUGUCUCGGUCUGAGGUCCUGGAUUAAAUGCCAACGCCUUAGUCGCUCCGGCUAAAAAAAACUCCCUGGUGGGAAUAUUUUAAGUGAAAACGUCUUGAGAGGUUGAGAUUAACCUAUACUUUGCAACUCAAAGCAACUUUAAGGGGCCUCGAAUGCGGUGGGAUAGGGGGUUCAGUAGUGCGCUUUCCGAUCCUGAAGGCUUCCGAUACUGAAACGUCUUCGUUGGGUUAAAGCAUUGAGUUCAGAGGACCUUGGAACAAAUCGAGAUCUCGAACGCGUUCUUCAGGUGUAUCUGCGUGUGCCUCCUAAAACCCCUGUAUUCCCUAGGUGCAGGUCUGGCCGUGCCAGCCACCUGCGCCUCCCCCCCCCCCCACCUCCGGUCAUCUUAACUCUGUCUUGGCACCAGAUCCCGGUAGGGGAGGAGGACAGACUGCGGUAGAUGUUGUGCAAGUCAGUACUUACUAUAAGCUAAUUCACGCACAAGUCACCGUCCCUGCGCCACCGUGCUGUAGAGCACGCGGUGAACAUCGUCGGCAACGACGGUUGAAUUGUCGUCGGACUACUUUUUGCGAUUGCACUGCUUAUUUUCUUGGUUUUUUUAAGGACAACUUCGCUCGGACUUAUUUCUUUGACCGCACAUUCUUAAGAGUCGUGUGUAGGUUUUAGAAGUGAAUGUGUGGGAGGAGGGCAAGUGUUGGCUUAUCACCUCUCGUGUUCUUUCUUUUGUAGUUAUCCAACAAAACGACUACGAGCGCGCUAACGAGACAAUCAAUGCGCUCAGUUCAAAUCACGGAAUGGAGGUAUGUUGCCAGUGCCCUCCUUUCGUUCUUUGACGUCAUUUCUCUUUUACUUCCGACACCUGUUGUAUACCCACUGAACAACUCAACCAUCCAUAUUGAUCCAACUGUGAAGAACUCGGCGCCUCGGUGGGCUUCGAACCCACGCAGUAAGGGUAAGGCUUUAGUACAGCCAAUGCUCUAACCACCUGAGCUACGAGGCCCCGUCGGAAGACGUGAGUUUAGAGGCUGGUUAGAGCGUUGGCUGUACUAAAGCCUCCUCUUGCUGUCGUGGGUUCGGAUCCCACCGAGGCGCCGAGUUUUUCACAAUUGGGUCAAUAUUAAUCAUUCAAAAUCUGCCAAAACAUCUCUGAAUUACGUGAGUCUGGUAGUCAUCUGGUGGAUUCUAGGUGAAUUACUUAGGAAAUCCUGCUUAGGCAGUCAACUUACUGUAUCAGAUUUGAUGGAUCCAUGACGUUGCAGUAGUUUUGGGUGAGUAAUUUUGAUCCAAAUGUGAUUAAACUCGCGUCGUAGAUCAAGUGGUUAGAACGUUGGCUGUACUAAAGCCUCCUCUUGCUGUCAUGGGUUCGGAUCCCACCGAGGCACCAAGUUUUUCACAGUAAGGUUAAUAUGAAUUAUACAAAAUCUGCCAAAAUAUCUAGGAACUCAACCAUCGUUAUCCACAAGGACUGUAUUUCUGUGGUGAAGGUGGCCUUCAGGUUUGUGCUACCUUGUCUUCGCUUGCUGCUCAGUUCCUGUUCGGCCCCGGGGGGGACAACGCGUAGUCCAGACGACAGCGACGUCCACCGAGCAUCUCACCCCCCCCGUGCUAGUUCCUCAGCUCACCAGAAGCGCACUGCACUAUCAGUUGAUCUUAUCCGUAAGGAGGGGGCCAUCGCAGUCUCUCACCCCUUGAGUUACACACCUGCCCAUUUUAUGUUCGCCGAAGAGCCACUGCACGCUAAUUCAAAUGUUGCGCCGCAUCUGACUCACUUCUCCUGGUCCGAUUAUGCACUUUUGGCAAGACUGCGCUGAUAUCAAAGUUUGGUAGCGUGUGUCUGGUUCCCUUGCCCAGCAAUCCAAAGCGCAUAUAUCCGUAUAUACAUAUAUGUGCUGUCAGGAACGACGGCAUCUUCAGUGCCCCAUGGAGUGCACGCAGCGCCAGUGACUUGCCUAGCAUCCAUCGCACUCCCUCUUCACCUACACACCUUGAUCCCACAGUAUGACAAUUUCAAGACGCUCGGAGGCAAGUGCGGACGCAACGUGGACGGUAGACGCAAACGUCCAAACGGCCCGUCUGUCAGGUUUCGCUAACAUCAGUGGCCUAGAAGGCGGUAAAAUAACAGGAAAACUUGGUUCUACCAGGGACUGCGAGCUAGGCUACGGCGACCCUUCCCGAAUGUCUUUUUAGGAUUCUCAGAUUGACGCCGCUCGUGCGCAGCGCGCUAGGAAGCCAUGCUGCCCGCGGUCGUGUCAAGCACGGCAAAAUACGCGUUCGACCUCAACCAGCACUUCUGUUGGGUGUAUGGCGAAGUGGUUUUCAGGUGGCCGUAUUUAGGACCGGUAAUGAGAUCCCACGCAGAUGGAAUUCGACUAUGACCCACUUUGCGGUUUCUCUAAUUCUCAUUUUGAUAGGAAGUGAUUUGAAAAAAGACUCGACCUCGCACGCACAUAGGGCACGCACAAUGCUGAUUAUACUGCCUGCACAGCUGUUCGGCAUUAUAAGCAAAUACAGCUCGAAAGUUGGCCUGCUUUUGGGUGAACCGGUCGGACAUAUUUUAUGGCUGUGGACUUGAAGAAGUAGACAGUUUUAAAUACCUCGGGGCGAGGCUGCUGCCUAAUGGACAAAGUAAGGACGACGUUGUCUCCUGAAUCGAUGCUGCCCGCUGGGUUUUCUCAAGUCUUUGGAAAUGCCUAUGGAUCCGACGUGACCUCUCCACCGCCACUAAGAUUCGCGUGUACCGUACAUCUGUCCGAUCUGUCCUUCUCUACGGUUGUGAAUGCUGGGCUUUGCGCGUGGAGGACGAGCGAAAACUGGACGUAUUUGACCACCACUGCUUAAGGACCAUCCUUCGAGUGAAGUUCACCGACUUCGUCUCAAAUGAGACAGUCCGCGCCCGCUGCGACAACAUCGCAAGGAUAACUCAGGCCAUCCAAGAAAGACGACUGAGGUGGUUUGGGCAUGUUCUUCGUCGUCCACCUCAGGAGCUCAUUGUUACUGCCCUCGAUCCGGCACCGUUACCCUAG